AUGUACAAAGAGAGAAUGACACAAGAGCACGACGUUUUCCUAAAAUCGGUACUGGAAGAAGGCUCCUACGUUAAGUUGUAUAGCUAUACUCACUUGCUGAAUGGCUUUGCAAUUUAUGCCAAUGGUGAGGAGGUGAUUGAUGUGCUUCGACGUGCAGGGAGAGUUAGGUCUGUCCAAGAAGAUGUAAAAAUGGAGAAACACACAACACACACACCUGACUUCUUAGGGAUUAGUAGUGGUGCUUGGCCAGCCUUAGGCGGAUCUACGGCUGCCGGCGAGGGCAUUGUGAUAGGCCUAGUAGACACAGGAAUCAACCCUUUCCAUCCCAGCUUUGCGACUCAAACAUCAACAGGGCGUCCUGUAUUUACACAAGGUAGCAAGUUCAAGGGAACAUGUGCUAUGGGGGAGCAAUUUUCAGCAUCGGCAUGCAACGGCAAGAUAGUUGGUGCACAGUACUUUGCAAGAGCAGCAGUUGCUGCAGGGGAGUUUAAUACUACGCGCGACUAUGCUUCACCGUUCGACGCUGAUGGUCAUGGAAGUCAUACAGCCUCAACAGCAGCAGGAAACCACCAUAUUCCAGUCAUAGCCAACAACUUCAACUAUGGCUAUGCCAGUGGCAUGGCACCAGGAGCUAGGAUUGCUGCGUAUAAAGCGCUUUAUUCUUUCGGAGGUUACAUGUCUGACGUCGUGGCUGCAGUAGAUCAGGCAGUAGAAGACGGUGUCGAUGUACUAAGUCUUUCAAUAGGGCCAGGAAAAGUGCCUUCAGGGCCUUGUGCAUUCCUCAAUAUUCUAGAACUGGAACUUCUCUUUGCAACAAAAGCUGGGGUGCUGGUUGUUCAAGCUGUAGGAAACGGUGGACCGUCGUCUAGUUCCAUCCUUUCGUUUAGUCCCUGGAUCACCAGCGUUGCAGCCUCUAUAACCGAUAGGAAGUACAAUAACUCUCUCGCUCUGGGGAACGGGCAACGCUUGCUAGGAACCGGUCUUGCACCUCCAACUUUUGGAGGAGUGUAUUUCCCAAUUGCAGCUGCAGCCGAUGUUUGUCGAAAGAACUUCACCACAGGCCUCAUGGAAACCUGCCAGAAUGCAGAUCCCUUCAUACGUGCUAAUGCACGUGGAAAGCUAAUCAUCUGCACGUAUACCUUCGACUUUGAAUCUGAGGCCGCAAGUAUAUCAAACGUUGCAGCGACUGCACAAAAGAUUGGUGCUGCCGGUUUCAUCCUGACCAUGGAUCCCGACGUUGGUUCUGAGCAGAUUAAGGGCGCCACAGUGACCUUACAAGUCCCUGGAAUCAUUCUAAACAAUAUGGAAUCUUCAUCGGCUUUGUGGGAAUACUAUAAUUCUAAUACGAUCAGGAGCCGAAGUGGAGAAGCCCUAUUCUUUAGAGCAAGAGCAAGGAUUCAAGACGGCAGGAGGGCGACUUAUGCUGGACGGGCACCAGUUGUGGCAUCAUAUUCGUCGAGAGGUCCCGACGUGAACAAUGCAAUAUUAGAAGCUGCAGAUGUGCUAAAGCCUAAUAUCAUGGCCCCAGGCUCCUCAAUAUGGGCUGCCUGGAGUCCCAAUAGUGAAGGAGAUGUAUACAUCAAAGGACAAAGUUUUGCAUUACUGUCGGGAACAAGCAUGGCCACUCCACACAUUGCCGGCAUUGCUGCUCUGAUAAAGCAAAAACACCGGCACUGGAGUCCAGCAGCAAUCACUUCAGCAAUGAUGACGACGGCCGACGUGAUCGACCAUUCGGGCGCCCCCAUUCUAGCCCAACACAAGAACAGGUUAUCUCCCGCCACCCCAUUCGAUUUCGGGGCAGGUUCCGUCAACCCUUCUCGGGCCAUCGAUCCAGGCCUCGUCUUCGACGCCUAUUUCGAGAACUACUUACAGUUCCUGUGCGCAGUUCCAGGCGUCGACGACAUGUCCAUAAGACGGGCCGUGGGAGUCGGAUGCCCGGCCAAGAGAAACGAAUGGUGUUCGGAUUUGAACACAGCAAGUGUGACGGUUUCAAACUUGGUUGGGUCGAGGAAGGUGAUUAGAAGAGUAACUAAUGUAGCCGAUGCCGAUGAGAAGUACACAGUAAUGGUGAGAGAGCCUCUCGGCGUGAGGGUUAGGGUAAUGCCGGCGGCGUUUAAGAUCAGUGUGAAUGCAUCAAGAUUCAUUACACUUCUCCUGGAAGCAACUCAGAGAACAAAUGCUUACACAUUUGGGGAGGUGGUGUUGAGAGGCAGUAAAAACCAUGUGGUCAGAGUUCCUAUUGCUGUUUUUGUUAGCAGUUCAUUAGGCCGAUCUUGAUACUAGCCAUUUAAGCACACUUUUUGUCGUCUGCAUAAUUUAAAU